GGAACAGGUGUCAGCUCACUCGGAGACGCGCUUCGCUGGAGCCGCGGAUAUACAGCCGCUGUGGGAGAGGAUACUGAAAAUCUGGAUUUCGCAUAAAAGGAUAUUUCUGUUUUCCGGAGAAAUUAUAACGAUUUAUAAGGGUAAACUGAGGUUUACUGCGUACCGACUUCUGACACUGCACCCACACCGGUUGGACUAGUUGAGAAAUACCUGCGCGGAGGAAAGGAACUUCUCCGCUGGAUUUUUCUUUUCAUUGCUUUAUAGUAUAGACCCACAGAUUUACCAUGAAGUCGCUGGUUUUGCUGAUUGUCGUCGCGUUUGCGGUGGGAGCUUCAGCCCAGUGUAAUCCAUGCAGCACCAUGAAAUGGGCAACUUGUGAUGGCACCAAUUGCCAGUGCGUCCUCAGAGUUUCCUCUGAUGGCCCUGGUAUUCCUCUGAAUUGUUCGGCCUUGAUACCAAAGUGCUUCCUGAUGAAGGCUGAGAUGUACAGGGCCAGGACUGGCCAGUCUACGCGCUCUUCUGGCAAGCCGACGGAGCACGCCUUCGUGGACAACGAUGGCAUCUAUGAUCCGGAUUGUGAGGCUAAUGGCCGCUUCAAGGCCAAGCAGUGCAACAACACCAACGAAUGCUGGUGUGUCAACAGUGCAGGAGUGAGGCGUACCGACAAGGGUGAUAAGGACAGCAUAAAGUGUGAAGAGCUGGUGGAAACCAUCUGGGUGCGUUUGCAGCUGAAACACAAGCCCACUGGUGCACCAGUGGAUCCAACUGCACUGAGACAGGCCAUUGGAGAUGCUAUUAGCAAACGCUAUGGUGUGGAUGGCAAGCUGGUGAACAAUACCGAGUAUGACAAGGAUGCCCGUCUCAUCAUGGUGGAUGUGGUGAAGCCGAAGACCGACCGGACCACUGACCUGUCGCGUGCCGCCUACUACAUGGAGAAGGAUGUUAAAAUCCUGCCCCUCUUCACGGGUGAGGCUAAAUUCCUGCCGACUGUUGGCAGUCAGACUCUGGACUUCGAGGAUAUCGUGGUUUACUACGUGGAUGAGAAGCCCCCCACCUUCACCAUGAAGAGGCUGACUGGUGGUGUCAUCGCCGUCAUCGUGGUGGUCAUCCUUGCUGUUGCAGCUGGCUUGCUUGUUCUGUUCUUUGCCAGGAGACGGAACCGUGCCCGAUAUGAGAAGACGCAGCCCAGAGAGAUGGAUGAGAUGCAGUAGUCAGAUGGCACCUGUACCCGGACCUGAAGGAAGGGCAGUCCUGUUGGACAUACCUUGACCUUGUGCCCAUACGACCUUAUUUGAAAGCUAACAUGGGACAGCUCACCUGAUUUGUCACGUGCAUUUUGGUGCACUUUUUUGUGUUUUAAUAAUUUUAUUUUUUAGGCCUGUGUACUUACCUGUUUGGACAGGCUUGUAAAUGCCUGGGUGAGAGGGAUUCCUGAUGUAACUUGUAAUGCAGGUUUUAAAUGUGCAUCCAUAUGCAAGAUGGUGAAUUUUGUAAUAAAAAUUUUUUUUAAACUA